UAUUUAUUUAUUAGUUUGUUUGUAGGAAGUGAAAUGGGUCUUCCACACAGGAUUUCAUUGUUUCUCCUCCUCUGCUCAUCUCCACUAGUGUUUGUUGGUGGUGUUUCUAAUUCCACCGAGGCUCUCUGUGAUCGUCGCUGUCUGGCAAAUGCUCGGGUUGAGAAAGAACUGUUCAGUGCGCCACAGGAUGAUAACUGUACCAUGGUAGUGAACAUCACUUCAAUACAAUAUGAGACGCUGUCUUUCGAUACAAAGGGCAUGGAAAUGAGCAGCCGUAUCAAGGUAAACAUGGAAUGGAAGGAUCCUGAUCUUGGAUGGAUGCAAGAGAAACCUAGAUUUCCAACAAUUGUUCUGCCAGUUGAUAAAAUCUGGAUUCCUCAGAUAGUUUUGGACAACGCAAUAGAAACGACUGUGGAGCCAUACACUAAUGAUGUACAGGUGAGGCGGGAUGGUACAGUGAGCCAUGCGGUUGUUAUGUUCACGACGGUGAGCUGUCAAAUCAACCUCUUUAACUACCCCUUUGUGACUGGGUCGUGCCCUGUGGCCAUUAAUGGAUGGAGCCAGAAAACUUGCGCACUCAAUUUCCAGAUCUCUGAUAACGUGACAUUGGUUGGCGGCAGUCGAGGAGAGUGGCUGACUACUAGUGUGAACAAAACUGUGGAUGCAUCAAAUCGUGUUUAUCUCCUAGUGGCUCUGUCGAUUAACCCCUUCAGUGCUUUUGUGACCCUGAUCCUGCCCAGCGCACUGAUACUGCUGGCUGACCUGGUGAGCUUUGCUCUGCCAUUCGAAGGAGGAGAGCGCAACUCUUUUAAGGUCACUUUGGUCCUGAGCUUCACAAUGUUCCUCCUCAUCCUCAGCGAUCACCUGCCUAACAGUGGCCACUGUAGCCCCCUGCUCCACUACCACUUCAGCUUCUGUCUGGUGUGUUUGGUCAUGAGUAUGCUGGCCUCCAUAGUGCUAACACGUCUGUCUGUAGAAGACAGCUUCUUGGUGUGCAGACGCUCUGCCAAAGUUCAUCCAUCAAACAGCUCCAAAACAAAUGACGGCCUGGAUCAGGAGAAAGGUAUAAGAUGA